CAAGAUUUAACAUUUUUAUUGCAGGUUGUCAAUUCUUGUGCUCAUUAUAGAAAAUGAGUUAGCUCCCAAUGAUACAAGGCCCCACACACACACAACUGCUCACCCAAAUAUGACUCAGAAGGAUCUUUGCUGGAUGCGAGAAGAGACUGAUAUUAUGGAGGAAUGUCAACCUUGUACAGAUUUAGAGAAAAAGAGCAGCAGUCCUCCAAUUUGUGCGUCUGCAAGUUACCGGCAAAAGGUUAAGUGUAAAGAUACUGGCAUCGUUUUUAAAAAGUGUGAUCGUGUCGUAUGGCUAGAGGAGCAGAACUUUUGGACAUUUGAAGCUGUUGCAGGUGCAGUAGGUGUAAUAGCAGGCCUUGCAACUGUUGCAAGACAAAAAGUCCUUGAUCAUCGAAUCUUGCAAAGAAUACAACGUCAAGUGGCUGCUGGCGUAUGAUUGUUAUUUGCUACUAAGUACCAAUGUUCAAUCUGCAAUUAAAUCUUCAGUAAAAUUUGCAAAAUUUAUGCUUUAUUGGUGCUGAAUCAUAUAAGGACUAGGCAUCAAAAUACUUUAUAGUCAUAUUUGUAAUAAAGACAGCUGUCUUCCUCUUUGGACUUCAUGAGUGGUAGAUUAAAAUUUUUAUCUCUAAAUCCAUUCCUGCUUGAACUAUUUUUUAAUCAUCAAAAUUAAAAUGUUUAAGUGAUCUCUGUGUUGUCCUUCAGGUACCUUUUCAUGCCAUUGUGCUUUACAAUAACUAAUUUUUUUAGGGUUUUAUGUCAUCCUUUUAACUGGAUGUCUGUUAAAACGUAUUACAUCUUUUCCUCUUACUGGCAAAAAAAUUAAAAAUUGUUAAUCAAGACAUAGAAUUGUGUAAGUUUGUUCUAGUUCACAUCAAUAACUACUUUUAACAUUAACUAGGAUAAAAGAAAAAUUUAGUUGUACUAUAACUUCUAGAAUAUCUGUAGUUUUACUUUUGCAAUAUAAAAAUCCAUGAAUAUAAUAAAUCUUAUAUGUGAAUUUUUUUUUUCUUUUUGCACAUUUAACUUUCAUAUAUUUUAUAUUAGAUUACUAGACCCUUUUUUCAUUUUUAAUCCAAAAUUGGUCGAUAGGUUUAUAUUUUUGUUACUAAGUGAAAUUUAUUAUAAGAGGAAUGUAUCCCCAUUUGAUAUAGUACUGCAUGUCAAAUUAACAGAAACAGACUAAGAAAAUGGGAUCCAACAUGAAAUCAAAUUAACCUAAAUUAUUUGAGCCCUCCCACAUAGGUAAGAAGCAAUUAUAAAUACCCUGUUAUUCAGACCUUGAUUCAAUUGCUUUUGUUUUUCAAUAAAUCUUGUUUGCCAUGGCAUUACAAAUCUCUUCCUUUUAACUUUUUCCAUGGCAUUAAAAAUUUCUUCCUUUUAACAAGGCCUUCAUGAAGGAAAAAGGUACAUAAACAUAGUUAUUUACACUUCUUCAAAACAACAAUAAAAUGAGGUCAUAGAGUACAAACCAUCAUGUAGUAUAAAUUUUGCCAAAUUAUAGUCAUCCAGUAUUAACAUUGAGUUGAUCCUUUCUUAGUAAAAGGAUUAUUCAAACUGACCGACAAGCAGAAUGCAAUGUAUAUAGGAUAUUUAAUUAGAUCUUAUCACUAAAUGCACAUGUUGACUUUUUCACAUUCAAUUUCAAGGUUGCUAACUAAUCAGUCCAGUGAUAUAGAUGCAUGUUCGCUCAUAUGGAAUCCUGUACAAAUAUGUAUUUAUAAUUGAUAAUCAAAUAUUACAUUACGUAGUGUCAUAUCAUAGCUUACAUAGGUAAUAGGAACUGUUAUUGCGAUGAGAGAACAUAGUAGUUCCUGCACUUACCUUUUAUUGCUCAUAAUGAGCAACUCGGCAUAGGGCAUGUGUUUAUUGUUACAUAAUGUACAAAGCAAAAUCAAUUUUAAAGUGAUGGAAGCAAAGAUCAUGGUCUCAGUGUUGCUUCUGGGUAAACUUCCAGCAAAGUCAUACUGAAAACUGCUAUCUGAAAAAAUUCUGUAAUUAAAAAUAAAGUGAUUGAAUUUAAUAUUAAAAUCAUUUUUUUCAUACUCAACCUAUAAGGCAUGAAUUUAAUAUUAAAAUAAUUUUUGUCAUAAUCAACCUAUAAGGCACUAGAAAGGGAUUAUUUUAUUUAAUAAAAUAAAGAAAGAUAAUGGAACGGAACUUGUACACAUUGUUGUUGUUGACCAAUGAAGUCCAAUUUAUAGGUAGUUUGCUAGGACUUUAGUGCUUACAUAAAAAAUUGUGUGAUACUUCACAUUAUGUAUUACGUAUAAGGAAAAUUUUAUGUAAAAUUGAAAUAUUUUUCUGUAUAUGGUUUGAUGUUUGUGGAUCCUAAGCUAAAUUUCUUGUGAUAAAAAAUAUUUGGAUUUUAUUAUAUAUAAAUAUAUGUGUUAUAUGUUUAUGUAAUAAGCUUGUCAUGCAAGAGACUGUAAAUUUACUGACAAUAUAAAGCUUUUUAUUUGUU